AUGGAUACGGUCCACGGCCAAGACAACAACGACAACAACGACAACAGCGACAACGACAUCGACAGUGAUCUCUCCACCACGAUGGACAGUGCAGAAGACAGUGCUGCAGACCACGAGUCAACCAUGCAAGAUAUAAUAUAUGACUCGGACGGUAACGAGCUACCUGACGUUGAAGGCGAUGUUAAUCACAGUAGUGACGAGGCCCUCGAGUACUUGAAAGGACUCAUUCGGGAUCACUUGAUGACCGCCAUGGAAGAUGAUCAGGCCUUGAAACACUUCGUCGAGCAGCCGGCUGACGAUAAAGCCAGAGAAUUCAUGAUACAAAUGAUAAUCAUUGCUCUUGAAGCAGACCACGAUAUAAUGCUUGCCUACCUCUUGAAAGCGGCUUUGGAGGCGAGAGAAACAGCUACGGGAGACCUGCUUGAAACUAUCGAUGAGUUUCUUCGACGGACAUAUGAUGUAUUUGAGGGAGUUGGAGCCAUAGAAUCGAGAGACUAUGUGCAAAGUGUUCUCGAAUACCUUCUGCGGAAGGAAGAAUCGGAUAGUGAGGCGACGGCAUCGGCCGUUUCUUCCACCCCGGAGACUGGCUCAAGUAUCACUGUCUCCUUUGGUGAUGAAAUGUUAACCGUAGCUUUCCACGAUAUACUGAAUUUCUUCUGGGGCACCAAAUUCAACAGCAAAUGUCAUCACUGCCACGAAGACUUUGCAAAAAACGAGCCGCCUAUACGUACAAUCACUAAGCAUGAGGUUAGCUCUAUCCAAGGCGAAGUUCAUAUUCGAGUCAUCAAUCGCCACCUCUCGUGUGUGAAAACAAUUGGCGUCUUUUUUGUUCCGGUGUCCCAUGUUUGGGAUGACUCCAUUCGAAGAGCCAAUGUAUCAGGAGUUCAUGAAGAGGCGGCUGCUUCUACGCUAGUCAAAACCCUCAAAGAUUUGUUUAUAGGAGCGGAGGAGUCUUACUCUCCAGGAGUGGAAUUUUGGCAUGAUUAUUUCAGCGUUCCUCAGUGGGUGCCAGCGACGAAGCAUUGCUUGCUUCUCCAUAUACCGGCAAUUUACCAUCUAGUAGACGAGAUUCUGGUGCAUAUGUCUGAUGUGCCAUCCUCUCAUGUUUGGCUCCUACUUAUCUGGAGUCGUGUUCAAGGCGAAAUCACAUUGGUUCAAGCUCUCCAAAAAGUUCACAUUUUCCGUUGUCUCUGUGAAUCUGAGUGGAUGAAAAGGAUGUGGGUGACCCUCGAAUACGCUCAGUCGAAAGCCGCCUGCGUUAUGGACAAGUCAGCUUAUAUCCACAGAACCCUGGAUGCCAACGGCCUGUUUGCUCGCGAUACCUUUUCUCAACUUGUUAGUGGCACACAUAACCAGUUACUUAGCGUAUUUCGAUAUGCUAAAACAUUUGCGAAAUCGCUCAGCUUACCAGGAGAUUUUCUCGGUGGGCUCGCGAACAGGACAGACGGUCCACGGCAGCUCUGUCUUGGCGAAGCCGUAGAAAUGAUAGCCAAAAAGGAUUGCUUCUUGUUCAGGGACCGAUUUAUUGCUAUCCAGAUCCUCACCGAUAAACAGGUAAUAGAAAACAACGUCCGCGCACUCCCACUUGAGGAAGUUGAAGCUUGCGAACAAGUUUGGAAAAAUGCCCUGAUGAAUAACGACUAUUCUCCCCUUCUUCUCCAGCCUCAAGAAAGGGUGGUCGGGUCCAACCCUACAAUGGGAUUGCCAUCGUUCUUAGUCGGCUGUCAUACUUUUGACGGCGCAGAUUGGACUUUGGGUGAUCUGAGGUCUUCACCAAAACGACCAAUUAUCAGUAUUGACCCAAUAGUCCAGCUUGAGCUGGAUGUAGUUGGCCUAAUAGAACGAAUCGACUAUAUGGGCGUUCAAGACUCGGGCGAAAUAGCUGGAGUGGAUUGGGCAAUACAAUAUUUGUUUUCGGCGGCUGCAGCUGAAGAAAUUCCACUGUCUCCGGAAAAGCUCGUCGAUAGCAUGAACCGCGUUUUUCCUUUCGAUAUGAUACACCAACAAGCGGCAAGAGUUUUGGUAAACAUGGUGUUCAAAUUCGAGGAAUGUCAAGAACGAGACAAUAAUUUCCAAACUCGGCUGAAGGAACAACUCGAGAUAUAUGGCGCUGCUUCGGUAGGUGAAGAGGGAAGUCUUCAAAGAAGAAAUGCGGCCGAAGAAAUCUCGAAAGCCUUGGAACUUGAAAGGCACAUACUGGGAGAGAUUUCUGAUCAGAUCACUCGUCUUACGAGAUCAAGACAUGUGGCUCGUCGCCGAAAAGAGCGUGGCGUAGAGCUUGGCGAAGCAAUUUGCCAGGUUAGAUGUCUUACCUGUCGAUGUGUUACUCUCUUCCGUCUCGAUUUGAGGGACACAGCAGAUCUUGGCCAUAAAGUCUUCCGUAUUCCAGGGCUAAGCUAUUCCGAAGGCGUGGAGAAUGGUAUUGGACUAGUAGUUGGCGACGGUAGGAUCACGGGGAGAAUGUUUUAUGGCCCUCCUGCUUGUGAUUGUCGAUUUUCUGAGAUUGUAGAGAUCAAUUAG